AUGGCGGAGUCUACCUGGUCCUUACCCUUCCUCUCCCACUCACCUCCAUCCUCGUCCUCGUCGGCGACGGAGACAACGUCUCCGACACCCUCACAGCCCCAUGCGCUUAUCAUCCUCAACCAGCCCUUCUCCCUCCCCCUUCUCCAUCUCGUCUGGCGCGCAUGCACCUGGCAUUGCUGCGCAGAUGGCGGCGCGAACCGCCUCCACGAUGUACUCAAGUGUACCCCCGCGGGUGUCGACGAACGCAGCUUGUUACUCCCGGAUCUCAUCAAGGGCGACCUAGACUCGCUCAGGGGGGACGUGACGGAGUACUAUGCGUCCCAGGGUGUCCCCAUCGUACAUGAUCCGGACCAGUACUCAACUGACCUCAUGAAGUGCAUCCAUAUCCUCUCCGACAAGGAGAAGACAGAGGGCAUCACUUACGACAUUAUCAUCCUAGGCGGGCUGUCUGGCCGGCUCGACCAGACCGUGCACACGCUGUCGCUUCUCCACAAGCUUCGCAAGUCACGCAAGCACAUAUAUGCGAUCUCUGAUGAUAACCUCGCGUGGGUGCUCGACAAGGGUGAACACCACAUUAGGAUCAAUCACGAACUGCUUGGCCCAACAUGCGGACUGCUACCUGUCGGGAUUGACUCGACGUCGAUCACUACACGAGGGCUGCGGUGGAAUCUAACCGAUUGCAUAUCCUCGUUCGACGGAAUGGUCUCAACGUCGAACCACCUCCUCCCCGGCGAGGACGUCUGGAUUAAGACGACGAAGCCGAUCUGGUGGACUGUCGAGCUUCGGACGCUGCGUUGA